AUGUGGUGUCUAUUUGUUCUUCCUCUGAUUAGUUUUCCUCUUCUCCAAGCAUACAAAUACGAUGUUCAAGGGUACAUUGUGAAUGAAGAUGUCGGGAACUUCACAGGAUACCCGUAUGUGGUAAGAGAUUUACUACUGCGAGAGUUCUUUUGAUGUUUUGGAGAUCAAAAAAAAAACUGCAAGUUUUAGAAAGUGGUCUUAGUCGACCAUGGCGUUUUCUAUGACACGAUUUGUGGAGAGACAAUCGCUAGGGCCGACGGUUACUUCCACAUUCAAUGUGAUCCCACCGAUUUCCGAUUCGAUGAUGUUCAACUGUUGAAAAUGUGAGACGCCCAGAAAAUACGUAGCUCCUACAGUGGCGGGCCUGAUCCAGUGGCAAAAAACGAACUAUUUUGCAUCCUGGAAUUAUCAAAAAAUGUGUAUACCUCCUUCUUCAAGUGAGAAAACUCCGAUUUCAAAGGAGCGCCCUUCAUAACUGUUUUUUUCACUUGGAGAGGGAGGCAUUUUGCUACAUCUUUUGAUACCUCCCGGAUGCAAAAUGGAACGUUUUUUGUCACUGGGUCAGGUCUGUCACUGUAAGCUGAUGCACUUUACACACGUAUUCACCUUACCCUUACGUUGCUUUGCCGAGGACUAAAAAUACCAACCAUUGCUUUAAUCAUUGCUUUCAGAUACCAUCGUUUCGAGGCCUUGGACUGCCGCGUAAAUGUGUAUCGUGGAAGGGGCCGCGGUGGAAUGGUUGAGAGCAAGAACUACGAUGCGCUAAAGGGCGACGAACUGGAGAAGGAUGAGAGUUUGUGUCCAGAAGAAAUUUACAAACGGCCAGAUGAGCCUGGAAGAAAAUAA